AUGGCAUAUGACUUACAAAAAGAAGAGGAUACUAAGAUAUACGUUGAGAACUUAGGAAUCGAGUAUCGCUUCGGAUGUUACCAAGAGAAGAAGCCAGAAGUAUGUCAACUUUUAGGCGACUAUUUAGAAGCCAUAAAAAAGGAUUAUAAGAAAGCAGUUACCGUGUACAGAACUAAUUGUCUCGAUUACAACUAUGGUAAGUCAUGCCUAAAAGUUGGAAACUACGCCUUCUUGGGGCGUGGAAGGGACAAACCCGAUGUCACAGAAGCAUUGCAAUACUUUGAAAAAGGAUGUGAACUUAACGAUCCAGUAUCCUGUUUACAUGCUGGUGUACUUCUUACUGCUACCAGCCCUGGAGUCACUGUACCAAGGGAUAUUCCCAAAGGUUACAACUACUUGAAGAAAGGUUGUGACCUGAAUGAUGAUAUGGCCUGUAACUACCUCUCGGGCAUGUAUCUCGUUGGAGUACCUAGAAAUGUAGCAGACUUCAAUCCCCAUAAUCCUGAGAAGAAUAAAAACAUAGACUAUUUAAUCAAGCCAGACUUCCGCCAAGCAUUUCAGCUUGCAUGCAAGGCAUGCGAUCUAGGCAAUAUGUAUGCAUGUGCCAAUGUUAGUUUGAUGUAUAAGAAAGGUGAUGGCGUUGAGAAGGACUUGGAGAAGUCGAAGAAGUUUUUUGAACUGGCACAGAACCUUAAGAAGGCACAUGAAACUGCCAAACAUGUCAAAUUCCAACAAGGCCUGGAAAAUAAU